GUUAAGAAGAUGUUCUGGAGAAGCAUUUAAAUGACUGGGGUGAAAGUAAAGAAGUGGAACCUGGAAGUGGAGACAAGUGAGGCUUUACACAGAAGCCUAUUUACAAGAUAAAAGGCUUAGUGGAUCAAGAGCCUAGAAACUUCAGGAACGUCGGAUGAGUGGAGAAUUAAAUGCCUGCCCUCUUACCAAAAAAGCCUCACCAUUUCAGCUCCUAGAUCAUGCCUACCGCAAAGCCAUCAAAACCCACUCACGCUAGACCUAACCCCAAAGUAACACUCACCACCGCGUUCAACAGCACCACCACCGCCGCUCCCGGCUUUAUCGACCAGCUGCUCAACAAGAUCCCCUUGCCAAGAUGGGCUAUCUACGCCAUCCUGGCUCUUAUCCUCCUAGUGUUUCUAGUUUGCAUUCUCUGCAUCUGUAUAAAAUGCUGCUGCAAAGGGAAGAAACAUAAGAAGAAAAAGAAACCAGACCAGCAGAUCAAUCUCAAAGAUGUGAAUGGCUCCACUACCACUGCCCUGGUCCAGCCCGAGGUAGAUGUGGAGUAUGGCUCAGCAGACAAGAACAGAGGAAGAAUUCUCUACUCUCUGGAGCACAAUGCACAGAAAUCUGAGCUGACAGUGGGCAUUAAGGAGGCCAGUGCUUUGAAAGCUAUGGAUUUUGGAGGAACCUCAGACCCUUAUGUCAAAGUCUACUGCCUUCCCAAAAAGUCAAAGACCUAUGAGACCAAAGUCUUCCGGAAAACUCUCAACCCAGCGUUCAACGAGCAUUUCAAAUUCCAGAUUUCUCAGGCUGAUCUCGGUGAGUCUACGCUGGUGGUGCAGGUGUACGACUUCAACCGAUUCUCCAAACAUGACAUCAUUGGUGAGCUUCGGCUACAGCUUGGCACGGUGGACUGGAACCAUGUGAUCGAGGAGUGGAAAGAUCUGAAUGAGCCAUCCAAGUUCGAGCAAGAAAACCUAGGCGAGAUUUGCUUCUCCCUUCGCUACGUGCCAACGGCCAACAAGCUGACCAUCGUGAUCCUCGAGGCCAAGAAUCUGAAGGACAUGGACAUAAACGGCUCUUCGGACCCGUAUGUGAAAGUGCAGCUGAUACUGGACAAGAAGAAGUGGAAGAAAAAGACAACUUCAGUUAAGAAGAAGACACUGAAUCCGUACUUCAACGAAUCCUUCACUUUCGACGUGUCAUUCGAACAGAUCCAGAAACUGCAGCUGGUCAUCUCAGUGUGGGAUCACGACAAGCUGAGCAGGAACGACGCCAUGGGGAAGAUCUUCCUGGGCUGCGACUCCACAGGGAACCAGCUGCGUCACUGGGCAGACAUGCUGUCCAACCCACGGCGCCCCGUGGCCCAGUGGCACUCCCUGCUGUCGGCCGAGCAGGUGGACUCCACCCUGGCACUUAAGCACAGUAUCAGGAUACCCUUCACCAAUAAGGUCUUCUGACAGCCCACGUCGCCACGCUUGGGCUUCACGUGUGCUGGACUAUUUCUGUCUUUAGGGCGGAAUCAUUCAUCUUCAUUCGCCCCCAGUGACAUUUCUCGGGUGUUACAUUGUGGAAAUGUUUCUCUUGUUAGGGGAGGCCUUUGGCAUCAUGGAAUCACACAUGACUCAUUUUGGGGUCAACACUUUAGGCAGCAUGACAGCUUGAUCUCCCUUUCUUCAUUUGCUAUAGUUUCAGUUUAAAGGUAAGAAAUGUGGAUCCUAUAAGUUUGAUGUGAAUUGGGAAGGGCCCUAUAGUGCCACUUUUAAAACUAUAUAUCACAUCUGGGAAUUCCACCAGAGAGGUAAAAGAACUGGAGCAUUAUUCGAAUCCAGAUUGCUUUUAUUAAUGAUCUGAAUUGGUUUUAUAAGCAAGAAAUACAAAUGUUGCCACUUUUGACAUUAUCACGCUGUAUUGGAUGUAUGUUAACAAUCCAGUGAACGUCUGCCUUAAAGGUUCAUAAUAUAAUUGCAGAAUAUGUACUUGAGUUACCUUCGUUUCACUAGAAUGAACUGCAAAUAUUAUUUA